CAGGCAAGACGGUGGCGGAAAGAGGGCUUGGCACGGAGUUGAUGCUCGAGCUCGAGCGCGACUUGACACCCCUUGUCGGUGCGACGGAGGCUUUUGCGAACGUUGUAGAGACACAAUGACUUGAUGGAGGAGCAGAAGCUAUGUCGCAACUGCGGACGGAUCAUCUCGCCUCGAGCGAAGUGGGCGGACGAUUGGGCGACGAUCAGGUACUGCUCAAAAUCGUGCAAGGCUCACAAGCAAGCGCUCAACAGACCAGACUCGCUCGAGCGAAGCAUCGAGCUCGAGAUCAUGACGAUGCUCGCUUCACAGGCCAAAGAGCGCAAAGAGGGUCGAAGUAAGGAGACGACGGUGACUUGCGAGCAGGUGGAGGCCAGGAUGGACGAGAAGCCAGAUCGAGAGCUCGUGAGGCAAGCUGCUCGACGCUUGGUCGCUCAGGGAAAGAUCGAGAUCACGCAACAAGGUGGCCAGGUGGUGGAGCCAUCCUUUGCCAGAGGCGUCAUGCAUCUCAGACUCAGAUGAGAAGCCUGCAUGAUCAUCAUCAUCAUCGUCGCUUGCUGGUCUUCUUGCUCUGGGGUGCCAGCUUGGCCAGUCUGCCCGUCUUGGCAAUAUCGUCCGCUGUUGCCUCUGUGAAAGCUUGAUCGUACUCGUCCGUUGGCGUGUCCUGUGCUGCACCGAACCUGGCGGCAAACUUGGCCAGCCGACCGGACUCGUCCUGGACCUGUCCAUCUCGUAGCCUGCUCUGAGUCGUGAAGCCCCAGAGCGGAUGGGUGACCGUCGACUUGGUGAGCGGCAGUACAUUUCUCGGACAAGUCGACUGGAUCAUGAGCGUUGACGCAUCGGGCAGCUCGACCUGUGUCUCCCGCAUCAGCGCCUCUCCACGCCCUCGGCAUGUGCUACGCGACACAC